AUGUACUCUUAUUACGCAAGAGAUGGAACGCUUCUCGCGACAAGGGAAUUCGCUGCGUUUCCUAAAUUGACACCAGAGCAAGAAUUGCUACUACCGACUGGAAAACAUGACGAAAAAGCAGUACAGAGACUCAGCGGGCUGUGUUACGAUGAGCUGAAACCGCUGGUGGAAUUCCUUCUGCCGUGGCUGCAGGACAUCAACUGGCCUAUCGCAUUGCCAAUCGCCGAACUCCUGCGCCAACACUUCGGCAUGCUCGGAAAACUCGUCAUGGAUAUCCUGCUCCUCGAAAAGAACGAUAAUACAUGGCGGAACUAUGUUCUUGAGUAUAUUGUUGUGCGGCUUGUUGAAGAAGGGGAAUUGGUGGGUGAGGAGGGCGAGUGGAGGGGUUUGAAGGGGGAGUUGGAGAGGCUGGUUGUGAGUCCCACACACGUGGAGAGAGAUGAGUGGGAUAUGGAUGUUAAGGCGACGGAGGUUUUGGCUGCUUGGAGGGCGAGGGAGGCGGAUUGUGAUGAGGAGGGGGAUGAGAUGGAGGAGUUGAUUGAGGAGGUUGAUGCGGUUGAUUGA